AUGGCAAGAGGGUCACAGUCCUUCAGAAAUGGUCUGAAAAAGAAUGGAAAGGUGGUUCCAGUGACUCAGAAUAUAGAAGAUGUGCUGGGUGAGGCGAGUAGAAAGUUAAACAUUCCAGUCACUUGUCUGUACACAGCUGAUGGCGGGGAGAUAGAUGACCCAGAACUAAUACGGGAUGGAGAAAUUUUAUAUGCUUCCAUAGGUGAAGAAUUUUUUGGGAGACUCAGCUCAAGUCACAUUUCAUGUAAAGUGGUUCAUCCAGUUCAGCCCAGUUAUCUUGAUCUCGGAGAAGACUUGGACUCUGCCUACAACUCUGUGACGUCUGCGGACAUCGUGCUCCCUACAGGAAAGACUGACUGGGUUACACUCAAUGUUGGUGGGAAAGUUUUCAAAACCACAAGGAGGACAUUGACUUCAGAUGCUCCAGAAAGUAUGCUAGCCAGGAUGUUUACAAAUGAAUGUGAUGUGGCCUGGUCCAGCUCGGUUGAUGAGAACGGAGCCUACCUGAUUGACAGGUCUCCUGAAUAUUUUGAACCAAUCCUCAAUUACUUACGACAUGGGCAGCUGGUUUUAAACAAAGGGAUCAAUCCACAAGGUGUUCUGGAAGAAGCCAAAUUCUAUGGAAUUUCCUCCCUUAUUGAUGAGCUGGAAGAAACAAUUGAGAAAGAUGUUUUACCUAAUGAUGACACUGCUAUCAACAGAAGAGAAAUGGUCCUAAAGCUAUUAGCCGUACCCACAAACUCUGAGCUUCGCUGUCAGGGCAUCAAUUUCUGUGGAAUAAAUUUGUCCAAACUGGAUCUCCGGUGUAUCAACUUUAAGUAUGCUGUUCUGCGUAAUGCAGAUUUGUCAGGGUCUAAUCUGUCCCACUGUAACUUUGAACGAGCUGACAUGUCCAGAGCUGUGCUUGAUGGUGCCAAUCUUCUUGGUGUAAAGAUGCUAUGUGUUAACCUGGAGGCUGCAUCACUAAAGGGAUGUAACUUUGAAGAUCCUGCUGGUAUUAGGGCUAACAUGGAAGGGGCUCAGAUGAAGAAUGUCAAUCUAGAGGGCAGCCACAUGGCUGGAGUAAACCUGCGAGUGGCCACACUGAAGAAUGGCAAUCUGCAAAACUGUGAUCUCAGAGGGGCUGUGUUAGCAGGGGCUGACCUGGAGAACUGUGAUCUCUCUGGAUGCGAUUUACAAGAGGCUAACUUGAGGGGAGCUAAUUUGAAAGGAGCUGCAUUUGAGCUGAUGUUGAACCCACUGCACAUGUCCCAGGCCGUCCGCUGACUCUCCAGCCAAUCCACUAACACAGGUACACAGAGUAUCAGCCUCCCAGAUCUCAAACAGUGGAAGACAAUGAGAACUUGUGGACCAUUAUUGCACAGUUGUUCACCAGACAAGAACAUUAAUAUUAUCAAAGGAGAUAUUAUUAGAUAUACCAGUAAUAGACUAAAGAUGGUCACAACAUCAAUCCAUUUCUUCCCCACCUUUAUACAUUUUGCUUGUUGCGAUUUCAUCAUGUUCAAAUGCCCUAAAUGUUGUUGAGAAUAUAAAUGAUUGCUGUAUGUAAGCACAAUCAACAGAAAGUCACUGACAUGAUCAUAUUGAGAGGGGUAUAUUUGAAGUUGUCUAAUAUGCUGACUCAUAAGUGUGUUACAAUUACUCGCAUGCUCAUGAACGUUGUCAGGAAUUACGUAAACUAUUGUUAACCAUCAAACUGUGGCCACUGUUGUGUACAGUCAAGCGUUAUAUUAGACAGCUAGUAGUUAUUACAGGAUUUUUGUAGGUUUGCCGCCGUUUUAUGUUUGUUUAUUACCUUGGUUAUGUUAUGAUUUAUGUUUCACUAGUCAAAUAUAAUAUUCAAAAAUUAUCUUGACAAUUUAAACAAAGAAAGUACAAUAUAUUCUUGUGACAGUUUGACACAUUGUGACAAAAGUGACAAAUUGAAAAUGAAAACUUUUUUUUUCAUUUGAUUUGUUUUGUUCCUUUUUUUUGUUAAAAUUACAUGUUGCCAUAUUUAUUUUAAUAUCCAGUAUAUUAUUUCUUAGCACCCUGUCCUUCAUUAUAGUGAUGAAGGAAUGCCAAAAGUUCACAUCAUGCUUUAAUAAUGUGAAUAGUUAAGGUUAUACAAAGAAUUUAUAACUAAUAUAUGGAUUUACAGUGCUGCUUACAUUUGUGACGUGGACAUCAAGGUUCACAUGUGACAUGAGAAAAAUCAAAAAAAUCUGUUAUGUAACAAAACUAAAAUCUGUCCUAAAAUUGUUGACUACUUUGUAAAUCUAUGGUUUAAGUAAUUGAAUUCUAGGCCUUUGCCUCAAGAAGGUCAUUGGCAGGUGUCUGUAUAAAACUCACCAUCAGUACACAAUUUCUGGGUCACAGAAUGUUCAUGUUAGGAAAACAGUAAAAUCCCUUUGUGAGUCACGCAAUGGUAGAAAAGGGGAGCAAUAUCCCUGUGAGGGUUACAUAAACGUAGGUAAGCUGUGUAAUAGUUUGUGAGUCACGUAAUGUUAGGAACAUGGAGCAUCACCAUUUGUGAGUCACAUACUGGUAGGAAAGCAGAGCAACAACAUUUGUGAGUCACAUAAUGGUAGGAAAGUGGAGCAACAACAUUUGUUAGUCACAUAAUAGUAAGGAAGUGAAGCAACAACAUUUGUGAGUCACAUGAUGGUAGGAAAGCAGAGCAACAACAUUUGUGAGUCACAUAAUGGUAUGAAAGUGGAUCAACAACAUUCGUUAGUCACAUAAUGGUUGGAAAGUGGAGCAACAACAUUUGUCAGUCACAUAAUGGUAUGAAAGUGGAGCAACAACAUUCGUUAGUCACAUAAUGGUAGGAAAGUGGAGCAACAACAUUUGUCAGUCACAUAAUGGUAGGAAAGCAGAGCAACAACAUUUGUCAGUCACAUAAUGGUAGGAAAGCAGAGCAACAACAUUUGUCAGUCACAUAAUGGUAGGAAAGUGGAGCAACAACAUUUGUUAGUCACAUAAUAGUAAGGAAGUGAAGCAACAACAUUUGUGAGUCAUAUAAUGGUAGGAAAGUGGAGCAACAACAUUUGUAUGUCACAUAAUGGUAGGAAAGCAGAGCAACAACAUUUGUGAGUCACAUAAUGGUAAGAAAGUGGAGCAACAACAUUUGUUAGUCACAUAAUAGUAAGGAAGUGAAGCAACAACAUUUGUGAGUCACAUAAUGGUAGGAAAGCAGAGCAACAACAUUUGUGAGUCACAUAAUGGUAGGAAAGUGGAGCAACAACAUUCGUUAGUCACAUAUUGGUAGGAAAGUGGAGCAACAACAUUUGUCAGUCACAUAAUGGUAGGAAAGCAGAGCAACAACAUUUGUCAGUCACAUAAUGGUAGGAAAGUGGAGCAACAACAUUUGUUAGUCACGUAAUAGAAAGGAAGUGAAGCAACAACAUUUGUUAGUCACAUAAUGGUAAGAAAGUAGAGCAUCAACAUUUGUUGGUCACAAAAUGGUAGGAAGGCGGAGUACUAUCCCUUUGAGAUCACACAGGUGGGAAAGCAGAGUAACAUCCCUUUGAAGAGUCAAAUUAUGGCAGGAAGGCAAAGUAACAUCCCUUUCUGAAGUGAUGCCAUUUAAUGUACUUAGCAGGACCAUAUCUGGGCGGUGGGUCUGUGUACAUGCACAUGCCACAGAUAAAUGGUUUCAUUCUGUAACCUUACCCAAAACUGUGUAUAUACGUCUUGUAUAUUUGCACUACAUUUCUCUGAUAUCUGACUGAUCAGAAGUGUUACUUUGUUUAGCCACCAUGCUGCUGAUAUUAGUCUUGUAAAAUAUUAGGCCCCCAUGACUUCAUUCUUCCAGUCAUUCUCUACCGUGGAUGGAUGAGAGUAUAAAUAUGUACUCGUACCAUGUCUCAGGAUUUGUGUUGACUUUUGAAGUAUUAUUGACAAAGCCAGUGGAAAUAUUACUAGGUUACAUAUAUGAUAUUAAAUUAGAACAAUUUAACAAUAAGCAAUAUAAAUUCAUGUGUUAUUCAUUGCUUAACUGUGUGCCAAUUUUUCUUUGAGGAAGGUUACACUAUUGAUUUGGAUUUUACAAGUCUUCUAUGACAGCAUUUCUUUUGACAUUAUACCAUUCCUUUUAAAGGAAAUAAAGAAUGUCAUAGGCUUAUACCUGUUCAAGAAGAUUGGCAACUCACAAAUGUACUUGGUGUUUACAAGGAUAUAAUGGUUGAAAUAAAUUUUGUAUCAGAAUUGUUUAUCACCUUUACAGCUCAUGUGUCAAAGGUUUAAGUCACUCCUGUAAUCAUCAUAAUAUACGUGUAGGUUACAAUCAGUGUGUAAUUAGGAGACAAAUGACUUCGCAUCUUGAAAGAAAGAAGGAAUGCACUUUUCCAAAUACAGUACUAUACUAGUAAUACAUACAUGUAUACAUUUACAGCUGUUAUGCAGUUCAGAGUAGUCUACUCACAUUCUGUUUUGUUGUAUUCAUGUAUAUAGUUGUGACAUAAGUGUGCCAUGAAUAUGGUGUGGAAUCAUUUGCAGUGGUUGAAGGAGAUAUUAUAAAACAUAAAAAUGUUUUACUUAAGAUUAGCCAUAAGUUGCCCAGUGAAGUUCAGCCAUUUUAGGUGUAACAAAGAUUUCAGAAAGGGCAACUAUUAUAUGCUGAUAUUGUUUUUAGUAUUUCCAACUUAAUAUGGUCUUUAUGUAUUUAAAAUGCGUUUCUCCCCAUAAAAUGAUACUCAAAAUUGAAGAACCUGUACAAGCAUCAUGCUAUAUGUAGGCCUACUGUGACUGAAAAUGAUAUCUUUUAAAGUAAAUGUAUUAUUAUGUUGAAUGCUUAAUUUGUAGACCCAUGGUUUUUGUGACCCAAACUAAUAAUGUCAAGGCAAUCUGCCUUCAUAAGAUAGCCUGUUUUCCUCUCUCCAGUGUUGAAAGUAUUUAAAACAAGGAGCUCAUUUUCUAAUUUAUAACCAGGACUAUUGGACCAUCGCCAUUAUUCACUGGUUCGAUCUGUAGAAGUUAAAUGUAUUUUGGAGCCUCACUUAAGAGCAUGAAAAGCAUAGUAUAUAACUGCUGUACACUGAGGAUUCAAACAUAAACAAAAUACAUACCUGUUAAAAAGAAAUCUGAAAUAUAUUCUAGCCGUGGCCCUUUUUGUUUUUGACGUAAAUGUUUUGAUGUGGGUGAUGCUAGCAUUUAGCCCUAUUGAUCACCCAUGUUCGUUUGUAUGACUUGUAUUUAUUAUUGUACAGAUAAACAUCCUGUGUUUCUGUUCAUUUAUGUGCAUUUCACUUCUUACCUACCUUAAUAACUGUCAAAGAUAGAGCAGCAGCAAGUGUGCAUGUGGUUGAAUUUGUCAUUAGUUAACUUUUGUUAUGCCGUUUGUGUCUGUGCACCCGUAAGUUUAUAUUUGAUAUUUAGAUUUAUAUUCUGAAAACGUUGUGUGUUAGGGAGAUUCACAUGUAUCGUGAUCUUUUGUCUGUACUUAAAAUAUAUAUACAUUGUAUUUGAUGGUGCAGAUGUACAGGUGGACCUAUAUGGCAUACACAAAUGUGAAAUAAAAUAGUGGAAAUAUGUAAUGAUUAAGUUACAUGUACUUUUAUUUCUUAUGCAUGUUUUCAUUUCAACUCAUCCAGUCAAGGCAUUUUUCUUUACAAACAAAUUAUAGUGGAAUUUGCGCUGUAAAGUUUGUGAUAAAUACUUCUAAAUGUAUGCCAGUACCAGUUGAACUGAUGUGCACUGAGAUUUAAAGUCAGCAAUAAAAUAAUU